AGGUGAAAGUGCAUCGACAUGCUCAGCUCCCGCUGUGUUGGAAACAAAAGAUGAUGGAUCUAAAAAUACAGCUGCUGACGACGAUGAAAAUAGCAUUAAUUUCUCUAUUGUCGAUGACCUGGCAUCAGGUGAAGAAACGUCCGAAACGCCCAGCGAUGAACGGAACGAAGUUGAAGGUUGGUACAAAAACAAAAAAAUAAAUCUCAAUUGGCUGCUGGAAGCGAACAAAUGUUUAUCUGUUUCGAAAGACAAAUUUGGAGAUCGAACAAGACCAUCUGUGACUUGUUUAGUGUGUGCCUCUCACGAAGAACAUAUUAGGGGAUUUUCGAGUAAUGGUCAAGUGCCUUUGGCAAGAGGUAUUCGUGCUGAUGGUAAAGAUCGUUUGAUAAUAAUAAUUGAUCAUUUAGAAUCUGCCAUGCACCAAGAGGCAGAGAGAUUGGAAGAGCAUGCAAAAACUUGGGCUCAAAUGUCUGAUUCUCAUCCAUGGGCACGGAUUUUAAACAAAGCAAAUACGGAAACAAGAAUAUUUCUUGUCCGUCUUGCUAUUGAUGUGUACAAUGACUCACUCGUAGAAACUCUAAGUGCAAGAAGUUGGCUGUCCAGAUCAAUGUCUUGUGAAUAG